GUGGCCGGUUUAUAACCGACACGUUUUCAUUUCAACCCAAGCCAAUCCUUUCCCCCAGUCACCGGAAAAGAAAAGGAACAGAAAAAGUAAAAGCGCUUAUGUAUUUUUUUACAUUCCCAUAAUACCCUCCGAUCUCCCCUGUAUUCAAUCCCCAAUCCUCCUUUUGUGAUUUGGCCUUCUCUCGUUCCGUCGGGCUUCAUGGAGCUUCAGGAGAGCCUCCCCGAGAGGAAGGGGCAAAAACGGAAACUGGAGGAAGAAAUUGAAACUGACAGGGAGAAGUCUCUGCCGGCCGGCGACGCGCACCAAGCCCUACUGUGCGAGAUCAGGGCGCAGGUGAAAGUCCUCAACACUAGUUUCUCUUGGAAGGAGGCUGAUCGAGCGGCGGCGAAGCGAGCCACUCACGUCCUGGCCGAGCUUGCCAAGAAUGAGGAUAUUGUCAAUGUUAUUGUUGACGGUGGCGCCGUUCCGGCACUGGUGAAGCAUCUUCAGGCCCCAGCGCCGCUGAACGAUUGUGAUCGUAGUCCGAAGCCAUUUGAGCAUGAGGUCGAGAAAGGAAGCGCUUUUGCGCUAGGGCUUCUUGCCGUGAAGCCAGAACAUCAACAACUCAUAGUUGAUAAUGGUGCCUUGCCUCAUCUUGUGAAUCUCUUAACGAGGCACAAGGGUGGAUCUAGCUCUCGGGCGGUCAAUAGUGUAAUCCGAAGAGCGGCUGAUGCAAUCACUAACCUUGCCCAUGAGAAUAGCAGCAUUAAAACCCGUGUUAGGUUGGAAGGGGGGAUUCCACCUCUAGUUGAGUUGCUUGAGUUUACCGAUACAAAGGUUCAAAGAGCAGCUGCUGGGUCCCUUCGAACCUUGGCAUUUAAAAAUGAUGAAAAUAAGAAUCAGAUUGUGGAAUGCAAUGCUCUUCCUACCCUGAUUCUAAUGCUCCGCUCUGAGGAUGCUGCGAUACAUUAUGAAGCGGUUGGUGUAAUUGGAAAUCUGGUACACUCAUCCCCAAACAUAAAGAAGGAAGUUCUUGCUGCUGGAGCCUUACAACCUGUUAUUGGAUUGCUGAGUUCCUGCUGCUCUGAGAGUCAAAGGGAGGCUGCUUUGUUACUAGGGCAGUUUGCUGCAACUGAUUCAGAUUGCAAGGUUCACAUUGUACAAAGAGGUGCUGUCCGGCCUUUGAUUGAGAUGCUUCAAUCUCAUGAUGUGCAACUUAGGGAAAUGUCAGCUUUUGCAUUGGGGAGAUUGGCACAGGACAUGCACAAUCAAGCUGGCAUUGCUCAUAAUGGUGGUUUAGUGCCAUUAUUAAAGCUUCUUGAUUCGAAAAAUGGGUCUCUGCAACAUAAUGCUGCCUUUGCUCUUUAUGGCCUCGCAGAUAAUGAGGAUAAUGUUGCUGAUUUUAUCAAAGUGGGAGGUGUUCAGAAAUUGCAGGAUGGAGAAUUUAUUGUUCAGGCAACAAAAGAUUGUGUAGCUAAGACGCUGAAAAGAUUAGAGGAAAAGAUUCAUGGACGAGUUUUGAGCCAUUUGUUAUAUCUGAUGCGUGUGGCUGAGAAAGCUGUACAAAGACGUGUUGCUUUGGCUCUUGCUCAUCUUUGUUUGCCUGAUGAUCAGAGAACAAUAUUCAUUGAUAACAAUGGAUUGGAGUUGCUUCUUGGGCUUCUUGUUUCGACUAGCGCAAAGCAGCAACUUGAUGGUUCUGUGGCUCUUUUCAAAUUAGCUAACAAAGCUUUGACUCUUUCUCCUGUGGAUGCAGCUCCUCCAUCUCCAACUGCAAAGGUCUAUCUGGGGGAGGAAUUUGUAAACAAUGCCACUUUGUCUGAUGUCACUUUUCUUGUUGAAGGGGAGCGGUUCUAUGCUCAUCGGAUUGGCCUUCUAGCUUCUUCAGAUGCAUUUCGUGCAAUGUUUGAUGGGGGUUACCGGGAGAAGGAUGCAAGAGACAUUGAGAUUCCAAAUAUUAGAUGGGAAGUUUUCGAGUUGAUGAUGAGAUUUAUAUACACUGGGUCAGUGGAUGUUACAUUGGAUAUAGCACAGGAUCUCCUCAGAGCUGCUGAUCAGUAUCUCUUGGAGGGAUUGAAGCGACUGUGUGAGUAUACCAUUGCACAGGAUAUAUCAUUGGAAAAUGUCUCAAGCAUGUAUGACCUUUCAGAAGCCUUCAAUGCUUUAUCAUUGAGGCACACAUGCAUCCUGUUUAUCUUGGAACAGUUUGAUAAAUUGAGUGCUCGACCCGGGCAUUCUCUUCUAAUUCAACGUAUAAUACCGGAGAUCCGGAAUUACUUUGCUAGAGCACUCACCAAGCCUAACCCCCAUAACUUGAGGCUGUAGAUGACUGGUUUUGAUUCUUCUGUCUAACCAAAUACCAAUGUACAGAAAGUGGAAGAUCUCCUGGCCGCUGUUGAGCAUGUGGAAGGAUCUAAUUUGGGGUGGUCUACAAUAUUUUUGCGAUGCAAGCCAUUGUGUUGGAUAUUGCAUUUUUAACUUUUGGCCUUUCACCAUCUAGAUCUCUUUCAUGUAUUUGACAUUGAAUGACUAGAUGUGUCCUCCCAAAGAAAUCUUCUAUGAAUUAGCAUUCGGUGAAAUACGUAUUUGUUGUAUA